AUGGUUUUUCUGUGGUAUUGGGCUGCAGAACGGGAUCAAGAAGCAGAAGAACCUCAGCUCUCAGACUGGUUUAAUCCUAAAAAGCGUCCUGAUGUAAAAACAACAACCGAUUGGUUUGCACCAAUUAUAUGGGAAGGAACUUACAACAGACAAGUCCUGGAAAAGUAUUACAAAAGGCGGAACAUUACCAUAGGCUUGGCUGUGUUUGCUACUGGAAAAUCAGUGCCUGAACAGCUCAUCCAGUCUGCUAAUAAACACUUCAUGAGUGGUUACAAUGUUAUCUUUUAUAUCUUGAUGGAUGACUUCUCCAAACUACGUCCCAUAGAGUUAGGUGCCCUUCGAACAUUUAAACUAUGUGUUGUAUUCAGACAACAUGUGUGGAAAGACCUGAAUUACAUAUACGUGAGGAACUUGCAUAUGUACAUCCUAGAACACAUCCAGCACGAAGUUGACUUUCUCUUCAGUAUGACCCUAAACCAGAUCUUCAGGAAUGAAGUUGUAGCUCAACUCCAUGGAUGGUGGUAUUUUGGACAUGCUAAAAAUUUCCCUUAUGAGAGAAGCCCUAAAUCAGCAGCUUUCUUCCCUUUUGGAGAGGGAGAUUUCUAUUACCAUGGUGCAAUUUUUGGUGGCACACCCUAUGAGGUUUUAGCCUUCAUUGAAAAAUAUAAAAAAGGAGUUCAAAAUGAUGCCCGAAGAGGAUUUAAGAAUACAUAUGAACAUUACCUAAACAAAUAUUUAUUUAUCAAUAAACCCACUAAGUUGUUAUCACCAGAAUACAAUUGGGAUCCAAAUUUUAGACGCCCCCCCAAAUUAUAUGUGUGA